AGAGCAUUAAAUCACGAAUAUAAAAUUAUAAUUACGCUCACUUGUCAUUGGAGUUUGUCACUGGAUAUAAAUUUGAAUAACAAGUGAAUGAAAUAUUUGAAUAUUUCAUUAUUUUAUAAGAAGUUAGAAGAAAAAUUAUGUGGAACCACUUUCAACAAACAUGACUACAGUUUUAGAAUCGCAUAACAACGAUAUAUCUUUGAAGGGCCUGAAUCCCAUUCUUUCUUGCAUUCAUAAUAUUCAAGAUACACAAAAUAACAUACAGGAGAAUAAUUCGAAAUAUUUCAAGUCUCUCUCUUUAAAAUAUUUAAAAAAUGAGCAGUGGUUAAAAAGUGAAGAAGGAUUUUGCUUGGCAAUAUCUCUUCAAGAUGGAACUACACUGUAUGUCACAAGUUCAGUUAAGACAAUUCUGGGCUAUCCCGAGAAUGUUUUAGUUGGUGAAUGUAUAAUGAAAUUUUUAUAUCCACCUGAUUGUAUUGCUUUUGCUGAGCAUCUGACUCAAGGUCUUAAUCACUGCUUCACAGAGAAUGAAAAUGGAAAUGUUACACAAACUCCAUAUACCUUUUAUUGUAGAAUUCGAUAUAAUCAGACUAAAAAAUUUGAUAAUUGUAACCAACAAAUACAAUAUCUGCCAUUUCAAAUUACUGCUCAUAUUGAUAGUCUUGCUUUUAUGGAAAAAAAUUCUAUUAUAUGUCUUGUUGCUGAAGUUAUUCCUGUAGUGUCUGCUUACAAAGUUCCUGGAGAGAUUCCAGCUAUGACUUUUUCUACAAGGCACACUGUAUCAUGUCAUUUUAGUCAUGUGGAUAACAGUGCUGUGCCUUAUUUGGGAUAUUUGCCUCAAGAUAUGAUUGGUUAUUCUGUCUUUGAUUUCUAUCAUGUGGAUGACAUGCCACAACUUAAAGAUAUUUAUGAGUUAGUUGUUAAAGAGCAAGGAUGUUCUUUUCGAAGUAAACCAUAUCGUUUUCGUGUAUUUAAUGGAUGCUAUAUUACUAUUGAAACUGAGUGGUCAUGCUUUAUUAAUCCAUGGUCUUACAAAUUGGAAUUUGUAGUUGGCCAGCAUCGAGUGUUAAAAGGUCCAGAAAAUAUUGAUGUUUUCAAACAGAGCAGCAAAGAAAUUACUAUUGCUGAAGAAAUACUGAAAGAAAGUGAGAGAAUUCAAGAAGAAAUUAAAAGUAUUUUAUCACAGCCGAUCAAAACAUGUCUAUCAAAACAUCGUAAUGAUAAGUGGAAGAGAGAGCUAUCUUCUGAUAUUAAUUGCUUAAUUAAUGAUGUGAAAAAGGAAAGAAAUGAAGAAAAAGAUGAUCAAGCUGGAAAUGAAGGAUGUAGUUGUUCUGAUCAAGGAUCUGUAUUAAUGGGAGAAAUAUCACCUCAUCAAGAAUUUAAUGAUUCUGAUCCAUUAAGUGAAACACCACCAUCAUUUCAAGAGAUGCGCUUUAAGGAAAACAUAGAAAGAUUUUUUGCAAGUCAUCCUAAAACAUAUUCAUCUGAUGGUUCUGGUGGUGGUAAAUGUGAAGAGCGGCAGACACCUAAUAUGAUUACUGAUGAAGAAAAUGGAAAAAUAACUGAUGAAAAGGAUAAACAUUUUAUUCAUUGCACUAAAUCAUCAGGAAGAUAUGACUGUAGGAUUCAAGCAUCUAGCUGUGGUUCAUCCAAAUGGAAAAUGUCUUCUGUAACAACUGCAGAUUCUGGAAAUGGAUCAUUGCAAACAGUUGAAAGAAUGCAGCCAAUGGACAGCAGCAGUGGAAGUAGCAGUAGAGGCAGUUAUGAUAAUUAUCCUCCUUGUCAAACACUCACAGAACAAGUGUUAUCACAACAUAAUAGGAUGACUCACAAACAUUUAAAGCAAAGAAAAAGCAUACUGUCUUCAUCUUCAGGAGGACUGACACGUAAAGAAAACCAUCGUUUGAAACGUAGUGGAUCUCCACAGUCCUGUGAACACACAACAGGAGUUCACAAGCACAGUAAAACUAAUAGAGGUCAAAUGGUUAGCACUGUUACUGUUCCAACACAAACGGAUGCAUCAUUGCCUGUUUCAUUCAAUCUUGCAUCUCCAUUUUCUUUUCCUGGAUAUCCAAUUGUUGCUCAACCACCAACCUCUCACUCGACAACUGUUAACAGUUCAACAUCAUCUUCAGUAUAUCCACCAUCACUGGCUAACUUUGCUAUUCCUGUUUAUGGAUACUUGCCACCAAGUAAUACAUCUGCCACUCCUUUUUUCAUGCCUGUUAUGUAUAUGGGAGCAGUGCCAUGCUAUCCCUCCAUUUCAACGAUGAUUCCUCAUUCUGGACAUUGGCAGUGUGAUGGUAAAACUUCUGAACAACCCAAACAAGUUAAUGGUGGAAUUAAUACCAGCAAUAACAACAGUAAUAUUUCACAGUCUUAUAAUACUUCUUCAUCUAAACAAAAUUUUAAAAAAUUUGAAAAGACAUGUGUAGCACCAGUUGAAAAGUGUACCAACGUAGUAGCAACUACUGAAAGCAAAACAGAAACUAAUAAAGAAGUUUCCAACAAUGAAAACACAAAGGAUAUUAAAUUAAAUAAUAAUAAACAAAUUAAAAAUAAGAAGGCUGAAAACAGUAAAACAGCUAAAGAGAGACAGAUACAUAAAAAUGCUGAAUUACAAGGUGAGAACGAAGGUGAUAAGGAUCAGGAAGAUACUACAUUAUCAUUUAUAUCUUCAUUGUUGAAAUCUGAUGACUUGAGUAGUCAUUCUCCAUCUGAUCAUGCUGAGGUAAUAUAUUAUUUCGAAUUAAUAUACAAAUUAUCACAAGUUAAAACCUCCUGUGCAAGUAAAGAUCUUGCUAGACUUUCCCAGCACUCAAACAGGAGGUUAAGGGGACCACUAGAAAGUCUGAUGAUUUUUAAUUAUAUUAGGAUAUAAAAUUUAAAUAAUAACAAAAGCUCAAAAAAAGUAAUUUUGUUGAAUUAUGAUAAAAAUCUCCAUUAAAAAAAUGUAAGUUUAAAUCACUAUGACACUAGCUCAAA